AUGUAUAAACGUAUUGUUUUGAAAACAUUAUUUUUCAGUUUGUUAAUAUCAUGCAUAAUUUCUCCUACAAGAUUCUUUAAUAAUGUUAUUAAUGAGGAAUCAGGUAUCAAUUUUAUUAAUUCAAUUGAAGACAAUUUAUUAAGUGAUAAUAAUGUAACAUACAAAAAUUCAUACUUAAAAAUCCAUUCAUUCCACUAUAAAAAGGAAAAACUGAGUGCAAAUGUGAACAACAAACAUAGAUACAUUUCUUCAUAUGCUGAAUAUAAAUAUAAAAGGACACAUUAUGAAUCACACUUUACAAAUAUUUUCUUAAUUCAAAAUCAAAAUAAGAAAAUAAUUUUUUUGUGCUAUAGAUUAUUUUACAAUAACAUUAAUUAUAUAUGCAAAAUAAGAGGUCUUUAUUUAAAGUACUUUGACAACAAAUUUUUAUAUAAAAUUAAAAAUUCAUUUCAAAAAAAAUUGCAACAAUCAAAUAAUAAAUUCAGAAUAUGUAAUAAAAUAUUAAGUUCUUUUAUAUUCAUAUUUGUAUGCCAACAAAUAUUUUACAUAAAGAGAAAUAUACAAAAUAUAAAAAAAAGGUGCAUUCACACUACAAAACUUUUUAUAGAUGAUACAUUUUUGAAAACGCUUGAUUAUUGUAUUCCUUAUAAAAAAGAAAAAACAAUGAAUUUUAAAAAAAAUGAUAAAAAUUGUGAAUAUUUUAAAGUUGAUUUAUGUGAUUUAAAUAGAAAAAAUAAUUAUAAUGUCUACAAUAAUUUGUAUGAUAUUUAUCAUUCUUUUUAUAAAAGUGUUCAGAAUAAAUUUCUUAAUAUAUUAAAUAAUAUUUAUAAAAGCAUUCCUUGUACUUUUGAUGUACUAUAUCGUCAUUUUUUUUUAUUUUUUUUUAAAAGAAUGAAAAUAAAAAGGAGGUUAAUGGCAACUGAUGAUGAUGACGAUUCAGAUGAAGACAUUGAAGAUGAAAAUGAUGAAAAAUUAGUGAGUCAAAAAUUUCAUAGGGCAUAUUCAAAAAAUAAUACAAUACAAUAUUUUAAAUGUUUUUUAGAUAAAGCUGCUGAUAACGUAAAUGCAGAUAAUGAACUAGUAAGAUGGGUUAAUCCUAUUACUAAUUCAUGUUAUUGUAGUGAAGAAAACUCAGAACCUUGUUCAACAAAUGACAUUACUGAUACAAAUUUUGUUAGUCAAUUAAUGGAUAGUGAUUUUUGUGACACAAAACAGGUUCUUGAUGUUAAAAAUAUAUUUAUAGUUUUAUCUAAUUCUAAAAAGUUACACUGCGAGAGUUCAAAUAAGGUAGAAGAUAUUUCACAGAAUGAUUUAUACAAUUAUUGUAAAUAUGGAUUAAAAAGUUGGGAUAACAAUAAUUUUUAUGAAUAUAUGAAAUGCAAUACUGUAAAAAGUAAUGAAGAGAAAAAUAAGGAUGAAUGUAAAAAAAAAUGUGAGAGAAUAAAAUUUCUAUGCAAUGAAAAUGCUCAAUUUUAUUCUUUUGAAAAUUGUAAAAAAUAUUAUGAAAGAGAUUUAAAUAUGAGAGCUAUAUAUACAGAAAAUUUUAAAUUUUUUGAUGAAAAUUGUAGUUAUUUUGAUAUUUCAAAUAGAGGGUUAGUUUUAUGUAAGCAUAAGAAUGUAGAUUGCGACUAUACUGAAUGGUCUGAAUGGACUAAAUGCUCAAAAAGUUGUAGAGAAAAUGACUAUGAUUUUAAUGCAUUACAAAAAAGAACGAGACUUCUUCUUAAGGAAGCUUUAUAUGCAGGAAAAUCUUGUAGUGUUGUUGUAAAUGAUAAUAACAAGUUGUUAGAUAUUAAAUUUUGUUCAAAUUUACCUUAUUGUAAUCCAAAUUUAAAUGUAGACAAAGAAGAUAAAAUACCCCCUUUUGUUAUUCCUUUAAACGAAAUUGAAAAGGCAAAUACAUUAGAUGAUUUAAAUGAUGAUGAUAAUGAAUUAUUAAAUGAAAACUUUUUAAGUAAUGAUUCGGAUAUGCUAACUGAUUGUAUAAUAACUGACAUGUAUAAACAUGAAAAUUCAAUAGGUUAUAGCGAAAAAAUAAGAUCUUGUUCUUGCCCUAGUUAUGAAACUCCAUGUUACUUUAAAGAUAUAUAUAAUUCAAAUAAUUGGAAACCAUCCUUAAAAAAAUUGUGUCAAACAAAUCCUAAUAUAAACGUUUUAACAGCAGAUUAUGUUAUGAUUGGUUGUGAUAUGUCAAUUAGUUUUAAAAAAAAAGAAGUUGCUGUUAAUACAUAUUUAGCUAUGACGUUUGAUUGCCAAUCUAGCUUAUUCCAAUACUUAUUUUGUUCUAAAUCUAAUGAAUCUACUAGAACGAAUUUUAUUUAUAUAAUUAUUACUUGUAUUUUUGGUGGUAUUUCAGCUAUAUAUGUAAUUCAUUUAAUAAUUAAUAAUAGUGGAAAAUUUAAAGUAUUACUUGGAUUAAACGAAAAAAAACAAUUAGAUAAGCAUUCAGAUGAAGAAAGCGAAAAUGAAGAGGAUGAUUCAGUUGACGUCGUUAGAGAAAGUGACAAAAAUAAUUUGAUUAAUGAUAGUAAUACUUCAAAUAAUGAGAAAGGCCUAUCAUAA